GCAGGCUAUGCGGAACUGAAGAAGCUACUAAUUUAAUUGAAAAAAACAACACAAAGUGCGCUAACCGUUAAUUUGAAGGUUGUGUAAGAGUUCAAUUAUCUGUAGCGUUUGUUAAUAGCUUAUAGGCAGUAAAAUAGAAUUGCAAUUUGAUGGAUGCACUUUGUAAUGAGUAAAAAGGAAAACUUUUAAAUAAAUUGAGGCUCUUCAUUAUUGCCAUGAAGAUUGCAGUAAAGUGUACGAUUGUUGCGAUUAGUCUAUGGCUAAUAGUAAACAGCACAGUGGCUGCCAACGAGGACGAUUCCGGUGAAAAUUCUACCAACACAACCAGUAGCAAUGAAAAUCAAACUGCAAAGAAGCCACACCCACUAUGUGCCAUGUGCAACUGCAACACCGAACUACGAACGUUCGACUGUUCCUCCAGGAAGCUUCAUGGUCUCUUCAACACGGUCGACUGGGCCACGCUGAACAACAGCGGAGUUGCAACCGAUACAAUGAUCCUCAGCCGCAACAACAUUCCGGAAGUACCCCAGUUUCCCCAGUUUGACGUGAAAGUGCUCGAUCUGAGCUACAACAACAUCAGCAUAAUCGCCAAAAAGGCCUUUUAUCAUUUAAUGAACCUGGAAGUACUGGAUCUGUCGUACAAUAUGCUUACCCGCAAAGCGAUGAUCCCGGAGAUCUUCGAGGGAAGCUACAAUCUGGACCAUUAUCUACCGUUGGGAAAGAUGCGCAUCCUACGGCUGGGCAACAACAAUAUGAACUCGCUGGAUGCCGAUCUAUUCCAACAUUUGCCCAACCUGGAAGAACUGAGUUUGACGGGGAACAUGUUCAAUCCUUGGGAUCCCUCGUCUACGAUCGCAAUUGGAAAUCUCAUGUGGCUACGGACGCUGGAUUUGAGCUACAUGGAAUUGCAGAAGAUUCCGUUCAGAUUAUUCAUCUUGCCGCAGGAGCUGUGGUAUGUGAACUUGACGGGGAAUUUACUGACGACUAUCCCAGAUGCUUUGGGUGACGCGACCAAUCUAAAAUGGCUCAGCCUGGAUGAAAAUCCGAUCGAGAGAAUUCAAGGAGAUCACGUCUUCCCCUUGCUUAAGACCUUGGAGUACCUCAGCAUUUCCAACAUGAGUCAGCUGAAGAUAAUUGGACGCGGAGCAUUUAGCAAGCUUGAAAGACUCCAGGAAGUACAGAUUUGCAACAAUCCGAGCUUGACGCAUCUGCACAAAGAAGCAUUCAGCCGCACUAAGGACGAGGACGAUCCGGUUCGAUUGGAGUGGCCGCGAAUUAAAAAACUCUAUCUGAAUAACAACAAUCUGAGCAGGUUGGAUUCGCAGUUGUUAACCGAAUGGGACGACAUGGAGGUAAUCGACAUCCGCUUCAACCCAUGGCAGUGCGAUCGUGAUAAUCAGUGGAUGAUGGAAACGCUGAUACCGAUCCUUAAGAAGAAAACCCCCAAGCACAUGAAUAGCGUUGUGUAAGUAUUAACAACUUUGGACCUAUUCCUAAACAGAAUGUAUUGCAUUUUGUCUGCGCCACGCCGCAUCAAAUGAAUGGCAUUUCAAUGCAAGAUCUGGAUCACAAACAUAGUCAGAUUUGCUGCCUGGACAAGGACUUUAACGACCCGCAGAACGAAGGUGCUCUGCAGAUUGGUCUAUUUAUCGGAGUUAUGGCGCUGGCAGGUAUACUGGCAAUGGCUGGCAUCAUUCUU